CAAUACAUAACAACUAUACGAAAAUCCGGAUCUUUCCCGAUUUAUCACAAUUUGAACUCAUUUAUCAACUGAUGUCAUCCGAUCCAUCAUUAUGACGUCAUCAGUAUCCUAGUUUUGAACGUCGAAAAAUCAAAGACUAUAUGGAUUUCCCUUAAAUAGAACUGAUAAGAUUCUGGGAUAAUGGAUUAGUUAGUAGAUGGAAGUUCGUGAUUAUGGGCUUGCAGAGUUAUUCCAUUGGAAUUGGGAUCAUAUUCACAAGGUUUAUGUUAUUACGACAUGGCUUUUGGUUGCAUCACUGGCCAAGAUUUUGUUCAACUUGAUGAAACCACUCUCAAAAUGGUUACCCGAUUCAUCUCUACUUAUUAUCGUGGGUUUGGGACUUGGGUACUUUCUAAACCAAACAACGCUGAGCGGAGUCCAUUUGGACUCACAUGCUUUCUUUUUAUACCUUCUUCCUCCUAUUAUUUUUGAUGCGGGUUACUUCAUGCCAAAUCGAGCUUUAUUUAAAAACUUUGAUUCUGUUCUUGUGUUCUCAGUUCUCGGCACACUUUGGAACACAUUCGCCAUUGGUGGCUCACUUCUUAUUAUGUCAAAGUACCAACUUUUCACGAUGCCGUUCACAACUUUUGAAAUUCUCGUUUUUUCUGCUCUAAUCUCAGCCGUGGAUCCAGUUGCUGUGAUUGCAAUUUUCGAAGAGAUUCAUGUUAAUGAAUUUCUGUUUAUUAAUGUAUUCGGAGAGGCUCUUUUCAAUGAUGGAGUCACUGUGGUCCUAUACCAAAUGUUCAAAAGUUUUGCACUAAUCGGUUCCGAAAACUUGUCUCCCUGGGAUUAUGCUACAGGAGGUCUAUCUUUCUUUGUGGUGGCUCUAGGUGGAGCAGCAAUUGGAAUCAUUUUCGCAAUUGCUACAAGUUUGGCAACAAAGUACACUCAAGGAAUCAAAAUUCUAGCUCCAGUUUUUAUAUUUUUACUUCCUUACAUGGCUUAUUUGACAGCUGAAAUGGUAUCACUGUCUUCGAUUAUUGCUAUUGCUGUUUGCGGAAUGCUUAUGAAGCAAUACAUAAAGGGUAACAUCACCGAGGCAGCCACCAACUCCGUGAAAUAUUUCACCAAAAUGCUUGCACAAUGCUCUGAAACUGUCAUCUUUAUGUUUUUGGGUCUCUCCACACUCACAUCAGAACACCACGUGGAUUUCAUAUUUAUUGGAGCAACAUUGGUGUUUUGCUUAAUAUAUCGAGCAAUUGGAAUUAUUGUUCAAUGCUUUAUCCUGAACAAAUUCCGCGCCAAAAAGUUCGAAGUGGUAGAUCAAUUUAUUUUAUCAUAUGGAGGACUUCGUGGAGCAAUCGCUUACGGUUUAGUUGUCUCUAUUCCAGCAUCAAUUCAAGCUAAACCAAUGUUCAUUACUACCACAAUUUGUGUAAUUUAUUUCACGGUAUUCCUUCAAGGAAUUACUAUCAGGCCUUUAGUAAAUUGCCUAAAUGUCAAGAAGAAGGAGCAUAGAGAAGCAACAAUGGUGGAGAGUGUUUAUAACAAGUACUUAGACUAUAUGAUGUCGGGUGUUGAAGACAUUGCGGGUCAACGUGGUCAUUAUAGUUUUAUUGAGAACUUUGAACGUUUCAAUGCAAAAGUUAUCAAACCAGUACUUAUGCGGCAUGAAAAACGACAAAGCUUCGACGCCACAUCAAUUAUCAGAGCAUAUGAGAAAAUUACGCUGGAGGACGCGAUCAAGCUUACUAAAGUGAAAAGUACACUGCAAAAUAAACGACUGGAAAAAGUUAAAAGUGAAGUUCGAGUGGCCCCGGAACAAACUACAGUUACUCCGAAAGAUGUUCAGUUGGCCAGAUUUAUGCAAUCUGGUGAGAACAUUGAUCAACUUUACACACUAUUUAGUGACCUUCUUGAUAAGAAACUUAAUGAAUUGAAAGUCCAAGCAGAUAAGGUUGACAAAGCGAAUGAUGAUGAUAUUCAAGACGAUUACAUGGCGGAAAUGGGAUCACAUUCAAAUCUUGGAUUUAUGCAUCACAGUGCCGAUCAGCUUGACUCCGACUCAGUAUUCCAACGAAGAGGCCGACGACUUUCAACAGGAGAUUUGAAAGGGCACUGCGGGACCAGCAGAAAACCAAAACAUUCCAUGUUUGAAUUGAGACACGUGUAAUAGAUUUUUAAACGAUAAGGCAAUGGAGAUCAUAAAGACAUAAUAGACGAGAAUAAACAUUAUUA